UAUAUGUACUAUCCCGGUUUGCAAGUUGUUGAUAUUGUGUUUUUGUGCUAUAUUUUGUGUUUAAGUUGAUAAACAAUAGAUAUUAUUUUACUGUUUGUCAUUGAAUGUUUAAGUGGUGAACUCAAUACCUGCCCGUUCCUAAGUACUUUGAUAAACCUGAGGAAAUUCUCAACUCCAUAAAUGGCCAUUGUUUCAUUCAAGAAUGCUCAACAUUAUCAGAAAACGGACACCUAUGGAGAAUUCUCAGAAGUCAUGUGACUAGUAUAAAUGAAAACAAAUUACUUAGUGGUAUAAUCAGACAGAACAUGAGUUAUUCAGAUGUUUUUAAUCUCCCAUUAAUAUUUGCAAACCUUAUUUCAUUGCCUUAUUAUUACAUAGAUAAAUGAUGAUUUCUCUCAGCAAUUCCAAGGUCUAAACCAUCCCUGUCCCAAAUUUCAAAUAAAAUGUGUUUCGCGGGUAUGUCAUAAUAAAAAAUAAAUACAACGAUGUAUCCUCACAAUGGGUCGGCCAUUAAUUACGUCACACGAAUUUCUUGGUUUUAUGACCCCUCCCCCUUUUUGUCACACUUGGUCACAUUUGACAAACCCCUCAUAUUUUUGAUGAGAGAAAUACUUAUUAGUACUUUUAUAACACAAAACCAUUUUGGAAAGAAAACUACACAAAUAAAUACGGUUUUCGUUCCAAAAACUCGUUAUUUAACUGUACAGUGAAGAUAAAAAAUCGCUCACCGCUCCCACUUUGUCACGACAUGUCCCAUUUCCUUGACUCCCUCCCUCGCCCUAAAUGUGUGACGUAAUUAAUGGAUGACACCCAAUUAUAUAAAAAAUUUGGUAUAAUUUCCGUUGAUAAAUGCAGAGCAUUUCAUAAUUACAGUCACUAUUUAUUACAGUUUUAUUUAUAGUAUGUACAUAAAUUGGAACACUUGGUUGACUUGGCACAUCACAAAACAUGAACACUCUGUAUAAUUAUAAACCUCGUUUAUAUAGUUCAUUAAAAACUUGAAAUAGGUAAUCAUAUUAUGUUCAGACAAUAGUUUUAUUGCAAUACAUUGUAUAUAUGUUGCUUUAAUGUAAGUAUAAUUUGAUUAAUUUGUACCAAUGAAAUGAUUAAAUUUAUAAUGACGACCUCAUUUUUGCUAAACCAGUGUUUUCCCGCAAUUUUUAAGUUAGUUUGAGGCGAGUUUUAAAACGUAAUAAUUCCAUGUUAGGUAAGGUAUAUUUUAGUACCUAUCAAAAAUGCUGUUCUUUAUUACUUUAUAGUUUAAAUAAAAUAUGAUUUUUCUUGUUUAAUAACAUUAUUUAGUCUAAAGCGUAUUUGUGCAUGUCUGAAACAUGCUUGUAUUGUUUUCAGUUUUGUUUGACAGAAAUAACAGCUUAUUGUAAAUUGCUAAAUUCUAAUUUAAAUAAUUUGUGUUUAUUAAAAACAAUUAUUGUGUACUAUAACUAAAUCACAUUUAUAUUUAACAUACUUAUGCGAAAUGGAAGAAGCGCUAGACUUACAGAAUGUAUGCAGAGCGUGCUUAGCGAAUGGAGAACCAUUGAAGGACUUGUUUUCCGUGUGUUCUUCCGAAGUAUUUAAAUACUGUACAUCUAUUGAGAUUUCCGAAAGCGAUCCUUUGCCGAAACUAAUAUGCCAAUCAUGUCUAGACUUACUAAACCAGCUGUAUUACUUCAAGCAAGUGGUUUCCAGGUCCAAUUCUAUACUCAGGCAACAGUUAAAGGUGAAGGAUGAAGGGCAACCUACAGAAAAUAAUAUAAAUGAUGAGUUAGCUGAGCAGGGCCUUCAGGAAGACUCCUCAUCCAGCCCUGAAUCCAGUGAGCAUUAUGAGGAAGCACCUAAAAAGAGGAAAAGACGAGUUUACAGAAAAACUACAGAACAAUCGAGUAAAAGGGACCGCAUGAAAUGUGUUAAGUGUGAUAAGAGAUUCCAAAAGUAUGAAACCCUGGAGGCUCAUAUGCGGAGCCACUUUGGAAAGAAGCCAGACAUCAAAUGCAGCGAAUGUGACAAGACUUUCCUCACAUUCCGGAGCCUCACCAGCCACUCCCGCACACACUCCGGAGUCAGGAAGUACCAGUGCCUGACCUGCGGCAAGGACUUUGCCUACCUCAACGUGCUGAAGAAUCAUGAGUUGAUACAUGCGGGCAUUAAGAAGCAUGCGUGCCAUUUGUGUGAUGCUAAGUUUGUGCAGGCACAUAAUUUGAAGAUGCACAUAGAAACGCACAAGAACGAGAGAAACUACGGCUGUUACCAGUGCGGCAAAAAGUUCGCGCAGCCCGGCAACCUGAAGAUACAUCUCAUACGGCACACGGGCAUCAAAAACUACGCCUGCACACAGUGUGAUAUGAAAUUCUACAUCAAGGCAGAUUUGGUGAAGCAUAUGCGGUCUCACUCGACCGAGAAGCCAUUCUCGUGUCAGCUGUGCGACAAGACGUUCAAAAGUAGGAGUUUCAUGGCGAUACACAUGAGGACUCAUACAGGCGAACGCCCAUACGCCUGCGACCUCUGCCCCAAGAAGUUCAUGGCGCGCAAAGACCUCCGCAACCACCGCAUGAUCCACACCGGCGAGAAGCCCCACAAGUGCCAGCUAUGUUCCCAGGCCUUCAUACAGAAGUGUGCUUUAAAUAGACACAUGAAGGGACAUAUGAGGGACGAUCGACCAACUAUACCAGAUCAUGCUCCGCUCGCUGUUACCUAUGAGUGGAGAAACGAUACGUGAUUGUGGAGCUAGAGCAGCAUCCUCUUAGAUGUUUGUUGCUACCCCAUUAGUGUAGUGAAGUUUUCUGUGUCAUAUGAACGGCGAAAUAUUAAAUGUUGGUUGUGUCGUGCAUCCUUUGGGUCUUAGGAUAUAUUUUGUUGAGACACCCCAAAAGCACCAGACGUAUCUAAUAAUAUAAUGUGUCUUAAACCCUGGUCACGGCACCAAUAACAUGAUCAUAUCAUGAAGUUGCUAUAAAGAAGUGCUGGACUACAAGAUAAUACACAAAAGUGUGAAACUCCCCUCCUCCCAGGCCGUCAUACGGAAGUACGCGCUAGAAAGACACAUGAAGGGACAUAUAUUAUGAGGGACGACCGACCGACUCUACCAGAUCAUGCUCCGCUCGCUGUUACUUAUGAGUAGAGAAACGAUACGUGAUUGUGGAGCUAAAGCAGCAUCCUCUUAGAUGUUUGUUGCUACCCCAUUAGUGUAAAGUAGUAAAGAAUUCUGUGUCAUAUGAACGGCGAAAUAUUAAGUGAUAGUUGUGAGUGCAUCCUUUGGGAUCUUAGGAUAUAUUUUGUUGAGAUACCCCACAAGCACCAGACGUACCUAAUAAUAUAAUGUGUCUUAAAUCCUGGUCACGGCACCAAAUAACAUGACCAUAUCAUGAAGUUACUAUAACCAUAAAGAAAUUACUGGACUACACGAUAAUACACAAAAGUGUGAAACUUCCCUCCUCCCAGGCCUUAAUACAGAAGUGCGCACUAGAAAGACACAUGAAGGGAUAUAUAUUUUCUGGGACGAGCGACCGACUAACUAUACCAGAUCAUGCUCCGCUCGCUGUUACUUAGGAUUUAUGAGUGGAGAACGUUACGUGAUUGUGGAGUUAAAGCAGCUGACAUCCCUAGAAAGGAUUAGGGCCUGUUUCACAAUGUCCAAGUAAAGUCUUGAGUAAGCUACUUGCCACUUAUCUGACGAAUAAAGUCAUCGUUGGCAUUUCAGAAUCUUUAAAUAAGCUUAACUGGUAGAUAAAGUGCUUAGUUUUGCAGGAAGUUUUAUCUGGCAGUAUACUUUACUUGGACAUUGUGAAACAGGCCCUUAGUGUAAUAUAUAGUGGAGAAUUCUGUGUCAUAUGAACCAAUAUUAACUGAUGUUUGUGUAGCGUCAGUCCUCAUACUAUAAUACAACUGAUUGCCCACAUAUAUCCUGGUCACGGCAACAAUGGUAGUGUUUUUGCCUAUCAUGAAGUAGCAAUGACAAAUAAAUGUAAAAAGAAAGUAAACGCGAGGCGAAAGACCGCCAGAGCUUACCGGACAUUGGCUGACCGAUCAUUGUGGCUUAUGAGUGGAGGAAUAAUAGAGUCCCAUCUAAGCAAAUUUUCCACCUACUUGAACAGAAUAAAGUGAAGGAUUUUCAUUAAAUGACAUAUUUUCAUAGAAAUUUGAAAUUACAUGCAGGGGCAACAAUUGUAAUGUUUGCAUAUCAUGAAGUAGCAAUGACCAAUAUGCCAAUAAUCAAGAAAGUUACAAUAAUCCAUGGCAAAAACAUAUAGAAGAAGCAAGAAAUGUAAAAACUAAGUAAACGCGAGGCGAAAGACCGCCAGAGCUUACCGAACACCGACAAGUAUUAUUUUAAACGUCAAACUUCUAUAAAAUCAUGACGUAUAAAUAGCACUUGCACUGCGUGUGCUAUAAAAUCGUUGCAGACUUAUCUUGGUCUGACGUUAUGAUGUUCAGACCGCUUAAAUAAAGUUGCGCGCGGCACGGCGGCGCGUUAUUCCCAUUUAGUAACGCUCGAGAUUCAAAAUAAAUAAGAAUAUUCGCUUUGCUUUUAUAACAGAAUGACAGUUGUUUACCGGACUCAAUACGGAAUAAAUUUGAGUGUCCGGGGCCUAUUGCAUAAUAAAAUACAAGCUAGUACUAUCAGUGAUUUUGUAUGUAAAAUCAUUAAAUCACUAAUAAUAUUAUAGUCCAAGAUCCCAGAGCCGCCAGACCUUACUUAUUUUAACAUACAUAAAAAUCAGCUAUGAGAAUUUAAGAAAAGUGGGUAAUAUUUUUACCUAACUUUAGCACCUUGUACCGGACAAAUGGCCGUCAAUAUAGCAAGUAUGCAAACAAUAAAAGUACAUAAUAACACUAUAUUAUCUCAUACAUUUUAUUAAUGAGAAAAUAAGUAAGGUCUGGCGGCUCUGGGAUUUUGCUCUAUUAGCUUGUAUUUGAUUAUGCAAUAAGCCCCUGAUGACGUGAUAAAGCCUGUGUUAGAGAGAUGUUGCCUUAGUUGUUUAAGUUAGCCUGAUUUUUUUUACAAACCCGAGUUGAUUAUUUUGUUUUUCUGUAUCACAUUAUGGUCAGUCUUUUUUUGCAGAUUAGAAAUUUCUGUAACCUCAAAAGUAAGUUUCUCUAAAAUUUAAUCUGAAUAACCAUGCACUGAAUUAUAGUGUCGUUUACAUAACAUUGUACUGCAAUAUGUAUUAGAUAUCAUAGGAACCCUAGCCUAGCAUUUCGGAAGAAAAAUGUAAUAACCACUAAUUUUAAGGUUAGAAAAAUUCUAAUCUUAAAAAACGGGGUAUAGUAGAACGUUUCUAUGGUUAUGUCUUACAGUUCACAUCUUAUAUAAUUAUUAUUAAAACAAAUAAAACUUGAAUAGCCGGGUCCACAAAGAGCGAGCAUACGCACGAGGCAAUUUCCUCACGCAUAAACCGGCCAGUGUGGACGUGCCUCGGCCGAGCCGGCGCGCUCGGGCGAGGAAUACGCGUAAUUGAAUACCCUUAAGAAAAUAAGUAAUUGCCAGUAAAUAAUAAUUACAUUUCUGCAUUCCAGUAAUGAAGUUACAAUAAUUUUGUUCGUAAGUCUUCAUUAUUUUUGUGUUUAGUAGAUAAUCAUGGAAAUCCAAUUUUUAUAAUUAAGUCUCUAUCGACAAAGUAAAAGUCAAAAUUGUGUAAAUAAUUUAUUUGUAAAACCAAUUAAAAUUAUUCUCCAUAAAUCACAACAAAAAAUAUUUCAUGUUCACUAGAAAUUAAGUAACUGCAGCUAAGUUGCAAAUGAAAGAUAAAAUUGAUAUUUAUUCUUGUAAAUGUACAGUUUAAAUAAAUAUAAUAACUCUA